AUGGCUGCAGCUAGUAAAAGUGCAGGAAUAAUUAUUCUCGGCAACAGUGGUGUUGGCAAAAGUUUCAUCGGCAAUGUGAUCUUAGGUGAAGAGGCAUUUAAACAUGAGUUCCGGGUAAAUGCUGUGACCACCAAAAGCGAAUAUCAAGAGUGCUCGUUUAAUGGCCAAACAUAUGCGGUCUACAAUAUUCCUGGCCUUAUCGAAGCGGAUCAGGAACGCAUCGAUAUUAAUAAGCGCGAAAUUGGCAUUGCAUUUAAGCAGCACCCCUAUGCCGUUAUACUGUACGCCUUUGGACAUCAAAAUGGUCGUAUACGUAAUGAAGAUGUUGUUGCAUUCAAUGCUAUUAAUGAUGCAUAUCCAUUUAGUCAAAAAUCAUUGGUCAUUAUUGUCAACGGAUUGAAUUCAAACCGUCCGCAUGAUUAUGAAGCUGAGACAAAAGAAGCUUUGAAUCGCUUACUGAAAAUGAAUCUUCCACACAUCUGCUUUGUUAGUCAUAUUGAUUCGCCGAACGAGAAGUUAGCACUUCGUCGUCAGUUAAUUCAAACAGUGGCAACAGCCAUGCCGAAAACGCAUAAAAAAGAACAUGAAAUCAAUCUACAAGCAGCCGAUUUAGCAAAAUUAACGAAACAAAUUGCAGAAUUUCAGAAGCAAAUUCAAGAAGAUCGAGAAAGACAUCGAUUAGAAAUGAUAGAAUUAGAAACAGAAUGUGAAAAAAGAGAACGACGACAAAAAGCUGAAUACCAAAAGCUUCUCCGAAAAUAUGAAGAACACCGAAGAGAAGCUGCGAUAAAAGAACAACAACAAAAAUCCGAGGAAAAAGAAAGACUCCGAAAAGACCAACAACGAACAGAAGCCUAUUUAACUACACAACAGAAAUUAAAUCAAGAAUUAAGCAAACAGAGAAUUGCAGAGGGUGAGUGUUGA